AUUGAUCGAACAGUUGUAAGUAUUCCUAAUCGAAACUGAGAACUAACAUCUUUGUUCAUACAUAAAUUUCAAUUCGCAAAAUGCGUUUAAUUACCACUCAGUUCAUUUUUAUACUACUUUUAGUGUUUGUUUUGGACCUAUGCAACGCCGCAUCGAAGCAGUCAAAAUCGACAAUGGCAUUAAAAAAAUAUAGAAGUAUUCAUCCAAAUAAAUUCUUCAAAAAAGAAUGCGAGAAUGAAAUAAAACAUUUCAUGUCACAGCGAGGUGUCAAUAAAGUAGAUAAUCUCAGCAGCCAAGAGUGUAUGCUAUUUUGUGGCUUUAGAAGACUUGGAAUGAUACAUUACCCUGGGGAGCUGAGCGAGAUUUUUGUGGAUAACAAAAUAGGUCCAAAUAAACAAGAGGCUUUAAAACAAAUUCAUAUGUGCACCAGUGCUAUUAAACUCGGUGAUCAAUAUUUUUGCUCGCGAGCAAUGAAACACCUGGAAUGCGCUUUUGAACAUAUUGUUGGUGCGGAAUGGAUGGAAGAUCAGAUGAGAGAAAUGAUGGAGUGAUCUGAAACUCGAAUCGAAUGACGAUCGUAUAAGUACAUACCUACUCGUACGUUAUUGUCGUACGUGAAUCGAUUUUUCACAAACAAUUUAUUUUUUUAAGGACUAUAAUCUAAAAAUACAGGGUUUGAAGUUGUUUUUUUUUAAAGUAAAAAGUGAUCAUUUUCAA